GUUACCAUGGAAGAUACGGAAAUGCGUCCAUUAUUGCUGAAAAGCAUUUGGGGGCUAGAUGUGUGUCUCCAAAUCACUUCCGAAGAUCACGAAGAGUUUUUGGAUAUCUUUAUUCAUUUCGAGUGUUCUCCUGGAUUCUGUCGGUCAUUCAGCAUGAGGAGACCUUACAUCAAACAACAUCCAUUGUCUGCAGUGAUUUUACGGACUACUUACCAUCAGCAGCAAACAUCUCAUGUUUGAGAAAAGCACGCAGGAUGUGUCUGGAUCGAGACAAGAGUCGUUUCGGAAGAACUGUAUGCAGCACUGUCUCGCAAUGUGAAUAGAUCCCAGCAGUGCUUCCAGAACUUCAGCAUCAAUCAUUCAUGUGCAUGUAAAAAAAACUUUCGGGGCGAUGCUACAGACAAGCAACUACUCCCUGGUGCUUUUGAUCCAGCUCACACUUUUGGCUUUUGACCUUUUCGUCAACUCCUUCAGUGAACUGCUGAGAGGAGCGGCCGUCAUCCAGCUGGUGCUCUUCAUCAUCCAGGACAUCGCCAUCUUGUUCAACAUGAUCAUCAUCCUGCUGAUGAUGUUCAACACGUACGUGUUCCAGGUGGGCCUGGUCUCUCUGCUGCUGGAGCGUUUCAAAGCUCUGCUGUUUUUCUCCGCUCUCUACCUGACCCUCAGCAUCUGCCUCCACAGCUGGGUGUUGAAUCUAAGAUGGAGAGCACCUAACAGCUUUGUUUGGACGGAUGGCCUUCAAGCUCUCUUUGUGUUCCAGAGGAUAGUGGCCGUCUCGUAUUAUUACUUGUACAAACGCACGACCGAGUACAUGGGGGACCCGAGGCUCUACGUGGACUCUCUUUGGCUGCGUGAGGCCUUUGCCAGAGCUCGGCAGUAGACGCAAAAGAUUGGAGCGUAUUGGAGAUUUCAUGUUAUUAAGCAAGAAAUCGGUCCCUUACUCAAGAAAAGGGUGACCGCAACUCAAGCACAGAAAGCACAUCACUAUUUGUUUACUAUUCCCAAGGGGGCAAUUUGUUUAAAACUUUCCAUGGGCAGGUAAACCGAGGUGACAUAAUGUAUUAACCUGGAUUGAGCCUGGUAAUCUUCCAUCCGUGGCCUUUGGACUGCACUCUGAAUAGAGGACUGCAUCAAAAUACUAUCAUGAAGAAUUAUUUGAGUUAUUAUCCAUUACAUACAUCUCAUCAUCAUGACGAAACCAGGCGGCUCACCACCAGGUUUUAUGGAAGCUAGGUACGAAUAUGUUUACAUGAUGCCAGUAAUGAUUUUGGAGUGAACUCACUCAUGUCAGUGCGCAUCUUUUGAAUUGUCUUGUUUUUUUUAAUGAUUAAAUAUUCCUUCUGUAA